AUGGAAACAGGCGACUUGACCUCGGCACUACUUCUCAAGAUGGACAAUGAACAGAGAGGGAAAGCCCUUCAUGCGGCGGCGAAGUAUGGAUGGGCCCAGGUGGUACUUGCGUUACUCCAAUUGAUAAGCAAACCAGACUUCCGAGACGAAAGAGGUAGAACGCCACUAUCAUACGCAGCACAAAGAGGGCAUAUCGAAGUCGUGAGAGAAUUAAUUGAUGGGGGAAGUUUCCCAAACGCGGAGGACACUACACACAGGACGCCCUUACCAUAUGCGUCAGAAGCAGGGUCUCAUAUAGUGACUGAGCUGUUAACAGACGACCGUGUUUCCCCCGACAAUACAGACGAUGAUGGACGGACGCCGCUAUCGUGGGCGGCACAGAACGGGUGUGAAGCCGUUGUCACACAGCUCCCCCAGGCUGAAAAUAUCGACCUGGACGUGGAGAACCGGGUGGGACAGACGCCGCUAUCGUGGGCUGCAUAUAACGGACAUAAAGCUAUUGUCCCACAGCUCCUCCAGAAUAAAGAUGCUAAGCCGGACGCGAAGGACAAGAGUGGAUGGACGCCGCUAUCCUUAGCGGCACAGAAGGGGCAUGAAGAUAUUGCUAUGCAGCUCCUCCGGACUAAAAAGGUCGAUCCGAACGCGAAGGAUAAUCGUGGACGGACGCGGUAUGGUGGGCAGCAAAGAACGGACAUGAAGCUGUCGUGA